CCUGGAAGAAGAAAAACAAAAACAGGGAGUCAGAAACCGAAGCAGGGAGGUGAAAGUAGACGAGUAGUUGUUUUUGUUUUUUCUUCAGGACUCGGGGAACAUGUUUUGUCUGUGAUUGGACUGAGAGGUGGGAGAGGAUCUUAUUUUUUAUUGUUUUUCUCCAUCGCUUUCACUGCGCUGAUACUGUAUCUCCGCCUGCCGAGCAUCGUGAAGGAGCAGCCCGCACUCCUGCCGCUCUGCCGCCGCCGCUAUCCCCUCCUCGCGCUCCGGAUAAACGUGUGUGGAUGCUGUGGCAUUUUCUCCUACAUGUUUACAUUAAAUAGCACCUCCAGAGAGGGAUUUACACUAGGAUAAGAUCAGGAAACAACAGUGAAAACAGCGAGAAUUAUUUACUAAGUAGUGAGGUAGAAAGGGGGGGCUGUUGGUGUAUAACGGACACAAGGAGCAGGAGAGAGAGGAGAGGAGAGGAGAGGAGAGGAGGAGUCGCAGCAGGAGGAGAACCAAAAACCUGCAGGUUUGUUGAGCCUGUGGGGAUGAGGGACGAGGAGGGACGUAACACAUCCAAGGUGUCAGCGUGAUUAAAGGAGAAGGAUCCGCAGGAGGGGAGGCAUUAAAGCGCAGGUUGUUCCCAACCCGAGGAAGCGGUGAUGGCGGGUGAAGGCACCGGGGUUCACACACUCCGUCAGCCGACCGCAGCCCUGUCAGCAGCCGCAGCAGCAGCAGCAUGAGGAGGAGGAGAUUAGAGAGAGCAAACACAGAGGAGGUGACCCUUAUCAUAUCCUGAAGGAGACAAGACACGGAGCAUGACCUUGUGUUUGUCAACAGUGCCAAAGAAGAGCCAGGGAGAAGCCUCCAUGGCCAGAGAAUCAUCGCCUUCCUAGCUCCAUCAGGAGCCCUUUUAACCCUGCUGCAAGCUGCACCAGGGGGCUCAAACGUUCCCCUGACUCCUCCAGGAGGCUCACUCCAACCCGUCUGCCAGCUCAGAUAACCCUCUGACUGUUGGCAACCACAUGUUUGAGGUGACUGUGUGUGACCGCCGCCGCCGCCCAUUCUCGAGCAGCAGCAGCUUCCUGCGAUCCCAACCUGCAUCAUGCAGUGGAGACGGCGGCACUGCUGUCCCAUCAAGAUGACCUGGACCGUCAAGCGUUCGCUUUUCCGGACUCAUGUGGCCGGCCUCCUCUCGCUGGCUCUGCUUUUCACCCUCUUCUUGUUUUUCAGUCACCAGGACUGGCUGCCAGGACGCAGCGGGCCCCGGGAAAACCCGCUGGCCUACACUGUCAGGGGCUUCCGCAGCCCCAAGGGAGAAGCCAACCAGAGCAGCUCCCUGAGGAGCCUGUGGAGGGAGACGGGGUAUGUAGCGCCAAAGCCUUUGCUCAACCUAAGCUCCCAGCAGGCAGAUGGGGCAGCGGGGGAGGCAGCAGGAGGUGGAGGAGGAGCCAGGAUGGGUGUAAUGGGGCUUGGGGACUCCAUGAGCACAAACAACAGUUUACAGAAGGAGAUGGGUGUGGGAGGGAGGCUCAGUGCUCAGCCCUACCGCUACAUCCUGAACGAGCCCUUCAAGUGCAGAGACAGCACGCCCUUCCUCAUCCUCCUCAUCGCUGCAGAACCCGGUCAGGCCGACGCCCGUAACGCCAUCCGCCAGACGUGGGGGAACGAGAGCACGUCGAUGGGCUUGGGGUUUGUGCGUCUCUUCCUGCUCGGCACAGGAAAGAGCUCAGACACCUACCUCCAGAGCAGCAUAGAGGAAGAGAGCCGCGUCCACCACGACAUCAUCCAGCAGGACUAUCAGGACACUUAUUACAACCUGACCAUCAAAACCCUGAUGGGCAUGAACUGGGUGGCCACCUACUGCCCACACGCCUCCUACGUGAUGAAGACAGACAGCGACAUGUUUGUCAACACCGAGUAUCUCAUCCAAAAGCUGCUGAAGCCCGAGCUGCCUCCCAAGCAGAGGUACUUCACCGGCUACCUGAUGAGGGGCUAUGCACCAAACCGAAACAAGGACAGCAAGUGGUACAUGCCGCCGGAGCUGUACCCGAGUGAGCGCUACCCGAUAUUCUGCUCAGGCACGGGGUACGUGUUCUCAGGGGACAUGGCCGAGCUGAUCUACCAGGCCUCUCUUAGCAUACGCAGACUGCACCUGGAGGACGUUUACGUGGGGAUCUGCCUGGCGAAGCUGCGCAUCGACCCGGCGCCCCCUCCCAACGAGUUUCUCUUCAACCACUGGCGGGUGUCUUACUCCAGUUGUAAGUACAGCCACCUGAUCACGUCCCAUCAGUUCCACCCCAACGAACUCAUCAAGUACUGGAACCACUUGCAGACCAACAAGCACAACGCCUGCAUCAACACGACCAAGGAAAAGAACGGCAGGUACCGACACCGAAAGUUUCAUGGAGAGAGGCCUCCGUGACGCAUCCUGUGACCACCACCCGCCUCAAGGGAACGCAGAUGGGCGCACUGUAACUAGGAGGACAUUAUUGAACUCAGCACUAUUCACUAUAUGGGGAAAAGCACAUUGUUUUUGGUAUUGUGUACAGUCGAUGAUCCAAACUAUUUUUUUAAUUUGAGAAAAAAAUGAUAAGUAUUGUAAACCUGUUGAGCUAUUUCUAAAAGAAAGAUUGUCUGUGAUGUGGAGCAUGCACAAAUCGCUGCUGCUCGCGAGUGGUGUUUAUGAUAAUUCAGGUGCCAUCAGAACGCUGGUGCUGAUAAUUCAUGCUACAGUUAAUGCGAGGGCUCUAAAGAGUACUACAGUAUGUGGCACUCUACAAAUCCCCCCUCCUCCUCAGAAAAAACGACCAUCGUGUUUACACAGACAAAGGGAAAUGCACAUGUAUUCUGUUGAAAGUUACACUACCUAAAUAUGAAUGAAAGUAUCUUUGAUGUUGACCAGUUAUGCUGCCCUGUUUCUCAGUGUUUACUUUACAGAUUUAUCAAAGAACACAGCUCUAAAGAAAAGGUUUAUCUGUCAUAUACUGUAUUUUAUUUUGAAAAAAAUAUAUACAUGAAAGCACUCACGUCACGUCAGAGAUGACUGAGAUUGUAUUUUUUAAAGCUUUACAUUGAGUAUGACUGCACUUGAGCAAAUGUGCAAUGAAUUAAUUAACAAUUAAAUGUACUGAACUCA